UCAUACCUGUCAGGGAAAGCUCCAUGGGCAGCGUGGGUAGGUGGGCCAGAGAGAGCCUUAGUUUUGAGAAGUGAAUUUCUAAUGCUUCCAAUGAGGGAAUUUCUGCAUCAGUGGCUGGAGGGGGUACUGGUGGUCAAGGGAGAUAUUUUUAGGCAAGUGAUCUUCUGCUCCUGAGUAUACAAUAUAUAGACAAUUCUGGAGAAGUUUGGCUGACCCAGUAUAGCUGUCAGGAGAGAUAGGAGCCCCUCUUUUGCUCUCUACCCCCCAGAUCAGGGCAUAGCCCUUACCCUGGCUGUGUCACCAGGUUAGGACCCCAGCAAGUUGCUUGACUCCUUGUUAUAAGGAGGGAGAGUGCUCCUUCAUGCCCUCUUCUGACAAAACAGAAUAGCAAUCCUUAUGGUUCUUUUAAAAAAACAUCUUUGUUAUCAUUAACGAAGAUAGUAAAGAUCAUCAUGUGGUAUAGUUCCUUUGGAGUUAUGAUAACUAAUAGUAGAUUCCCUUGCUUUCUUCCAACAGUCUGUUUUGUGACAAUCCGUUACAGUUUGCUAACAGUCUGUGUUCUCUGGGUUCUCCUCUUACCCAAUUGUUCUUUUCUAAUGUAAGUCCAGCUCAAGGUUUUAGGAGACUAUCAAUGAAUUUUGAGACUAGAUGAGAGCCCAUCACAGAAAAGUGAGAUAAUUAUAGUGCUGGUCAAGGAGCAGGGGGCUUUCCAAGAGACAAGAAACUAUGGAAAGGAGGUGUUAAGGAGUUUGCUGAGCUAUUUAGUACAUAUGAAUGAGUAGUCACUAUGUGCAGAGCCCUUUAGGAGCAGGCAGAGGUAGAAAACACAGAACCCGAGCCCUCAGGGAGCUCACAGUCUGGUAGAAGAGGUGAGCACUAAUCCAGCAAUAAUAGUAUCACACAGGACGUGGUAAGAUGCAGUCAAUUCAUGUGGAAAGUGUGUUUGGAAUGACUUACUGGAGGUGCCACUCCAGUAAGAGUCAUGCCCCCCACAGCUAACUUUGAAAGAAGACAAGGUUGUCUGGGAGCGUUUCAGGGCCUCUGAUUCAGUGUUACUGCUUCUUUCUCCUAUCUUAAUGGCCUUCCAACCAUUCCUUCUGCCUUCAUCUCCUACACAAAACUGCCAGAUGACCCUGCCUGGAACACUGCUCAGAAGAUGUCGUUGACUGCCCCCCACUGCCUGCAAAAAACAAUCCUGACUUGGUGGCUUGAUGUACAGGGACACAUACACUCAUCAACCCAUCCUUGUCCCAGACACUCUGUGCAGAGUUCCUUCUGCAGGAAAUGUCUUUCCUUCAUCUCGAACUGUUGAACUCGGACCCUGUUCUUCAAGUUUUAGUUCAAGGGUAACCUCAGUAAAGCCUUCUCUGUUCCAGUGCUCUUUUCCCAGAGAUCAUGUUCCAUCUCUCCUGUGUCCUCAUGCAACUUCCUGUAGCUGAGUUAUUCAGGGUGGUUUUAUAUUCUCUUCUCCCUGGCACUGGGUCUUCAACAUCCUUAUAUUGCUUAUAGCGUCUAGCAUAGCAUCUUGUACACAGUGGGCACUCAAAAGAUACUGAAUAAAUAAGGAGUAGACUGUCAGUUCUAUGAUGUAGUAAAGUGUGAGGUUAGAGAAAGAUGUGUCCAAGAACUCUGGCAAGGCCUUUCUGGAGCUGGUGGCCCUUAGCCGGACCUCACUGGUGACUGUUAGGAUCUAGGCAAGCGUAGGGGGAUGCAGGGCUUCCAGGGUAAAGGAGUGGCCUGAGCAGAGAUGGAGAGGUAGAAAUGAGCAUCUGUGGUAAGGGAUUAUUUGUGCAUUUUUCUCCUGUAGUCAUUUACUCCGCAAGAAAAGGGAACAAAUGCUCUUUUUUGGAGUUUUCAGAGAAAGUAGUUAUCAAUUCAAAGCUACUCUCAGUGUAGAGAUGGAGAGAUCACUUCUGGAAAAGGGAGAGGUUUGGGGCUUGCUCACAAUGGGAAUAGAAUUCCCUGGGGCUUCAGGCUGUGCACCCCUAACUCCUCCAGCAGUUCUCAGCCUUGGAUAAAAGACGCAAGCAUGUUGUAAGUAAGGCACUUUAUUAAUAUUAUGCUAACAUUACCCAUCUGGUUGAAUGAAGCCUUUCAGUGGCCUUGAACACAGAUUUUUGCAGACUCUCAGAUUGAGAGGGACCUAAAAGCUUUGUCUCUGCCAUGUUUUCCACGUGUAUCAUUUUUAUUUUGUUAUUUUGGGGACGCUUCACUGUUUUCCUCUAUGUCUUUCUAUUGUAGUGUAACUGUCUUGAGAGGAUCUGUUUCUGUGUCUGUUUCCCCCACCAACAUUCUUAGCUCUUCCAGGACAGGGACUGUGGAAUCAUGACAUGUAGCAGGAGUACAGCAUUUCCAGGACAGAGGGGGUCCAGGAGAGGUGCCAAGAGAUUGUCCUGGGGAAAAUGUGUUAUUGUUCCCUUUGAGAACCUGGAUCACAGUGCUUCCUCCAGGGCCUAGCACUGACCCAACACUUGCGGGAGCCCAGCAUUGACCUGCUGGAGGCCUUUGUGGAGCACUGGAAGGGCAUCACGCACUACUACAUUGAAAGCACAGAUGAAAACACCCCCGCCAAGAAAACAGAUAUUCCCUGGCGGCUGAGGCAGAUGUUGGACAUCCUGGUCUACGAGGAGAGGCAGCAGACAGCAGCUGGCGAGGCAGGGCCCUGUCUGGAAUACCUGCUGCAGCACAAAAUCCUGGAGACCCUGUGCACGCUGGGCAAGGCUGAGUACCCCCCAGGCAUGCGACAGCAGGUGUUCCAGUUCUUCAGCAAGGUUCUGGCCCAGGUGCAGCACCCCCUCCUGCAUUACCUCAACGUCCACAGGCCUGUGCAGAAGCUUCUCCGACUUGGUGGGACAGUUCCUGGAUCCCAAACAGAAAAGGAGGAGGUGCAGUUCACCACCGUUCUCUGCUCCAAGAUCCAACAGGAUCCAGCCCUGCUCACCUACAUCCUGGAAGGUAAAAAGAUUGUCAGUAGGAAGAAGUCAUCCAAAGAACCCAUCACCCUGCCUAGAGAGGCAGCCAGCAUCCAAGACAAGGACCACCCCCACAGCAAGUCUCCUGACCUGAGUCCCUGUAAGGCCCAGGCCUUGACCGCCCAGCUGCCUGCUGAGACGGAGGAGCCAGAUGGAGGAGUUGGGGAAAGCAACCUGAUCACCUCUCUGAUCGGGUUGUGCAAGAGCAAGAAAGGUCGGGUGGCUCUGAAGGCCCAGGAGAACCUGCUGCUCCUGGUAAGUGUGGCUUCACAGGCAGCUGCCACCUACCUGGUGCACAGCAGCCCUUGCUGCCCUGCCAUCGUCGAGCACCUCUGCCAGCUGUACCAGUCCAUGCCCACCUUCCUGGACCCUGCAGACAUUGCCGCUUUAGAGGGCAUCAGCUGGAGGUUGCCCAGUGCCCCGUCUGAUGAGGCUUCCUUCCCUGGCAAGGACGCCUUGGCUGCCUUUUUGGGCUGGUUUGAUUACUGCGACCACCUCAUCACAGAGGCACACGUGGUGGUUGCAGACGCCUUGGCAAAGGCUGUAGCUGAGAAAUUAUUCAUGGAGAUUCUGCAGCCCCACCUCCUGCAUGUUUCUGAGCAGAGUGUGCUGACCUCCACCGCCUUGCUCACGGCCAUGCUGCGCCAGCUCCGCUCCCCUGCGCUGCUGCGAGAGGCUGUGGCUUUCCUCCUGGGUGCAGACCCGCAGCCCGCAGCCCCCGAAGAUGGCCCCCGCACUCUGUGCGCUCACCUCAUCGGGCACUGCGAUCACCUCUCUGAUGAGAUCAGCAUCACCACGCUGCGGCUGUUUGAGGAGCUGCUCCAGAAGCCACACGAGCAGGUCCUCCGCAGCCUGGUCCUCUGCAACCUCGAGGGCCGCCAUUAUGUGGCCCGAGGCUCCCCUGAGCCCGAGAGCUACGAGGACACCCUAGAUCUGGAGGAAGACCCCUACUUCACGGACGGCUUCCUCAACUCCAGCUUUCAACCCUCUGCAAAGCCUCCCCCAGCCCCUGCCACCAACUCAGAUGGCAAAACAGCAGUGACCGAGAUCGUCAACAGGGUCCUGUCUCUCAGUUUCCUCUGCCUGGUUCCCGAGGAAGCCAAGACCUCAGCUUUCCUAGAGGAGACUGGAUAUGACACGUACGUCCACGAUGCUUAUGGACUGUUCCAGGAGUGCAGCUCCCGAGUCUCCCCUUGGGGCUGGCCCCUCGGUCCCACACCCCUGGACCCCCAUGAGCCUGAACGGCCUUUCUUUGAGGGUCACUUCCUCCGAAUGCUGUUUGACCGCAUGUCCCGGAUUUUGGAACAGGUAGUCAACAGGACUGGGCCCUGGCUACAAGGUUACAAGCCAUACAGCCUGAACCUGCAAGUGACCUCAGUCCUGUCCCGGCUUGCCCUCUUCCCCCACCCCCUUAUCCAUGAGUAUCUCCUGGAUCCCUACAUCAACCUGGCCCCUGGGUGCAGGAGUCUGUUCUCUGUGCUUGUCAGGGUGAUCGGGGACUUGAUGCAGAGAAUUCAGAGAGUACCUCAGUUCCCAGGCAAACUGCUCCUGGUACGCAAGCAGCUGAUGGGUCAGGUCCCCGGGGAGCAGCUGGACCACCAGACUCUCCUCCAGGGCGUGGUGGUUCUUGAGGAAUUCUGCAAGGAGCUGGCUGCCAUCGCUUUUGUCAAGUUCCCCCCGCACAGUCCUCACCUGCACCUGUCCCCACCCCAGGAAGGCCACGUCUGAGCCAAGAGCAGGACCAGAUGGGGGACUCCUGUCCUCACCUCUGCCCAAGAGCUGCCUCCCACCUGGCAUGGCUGCCACCUCCCGCUUCCCAGGGUGGGAGCUUGGUUCCACCUCUACAUCCCAGGUGCCUCUGCCUCUGAGGAGGCCUGGGCUUCCACUCCCAGGUUAACUCAAGAAGACCGUGGCCUGUCGGUCACACCAGACUGGGUUCAGGGAGUGGGUCUCCAAGGUACCAGAGGCCAAGGAGCAAAAGAGAUGGCCUUCCAGACAGCAUGGUGUCCUCGGGGCUUUCUUAGGAGAGCUGGGUAAUUGCCAGCUGAGCACCCAGACCCAAACCCUCAUGUGUUCCGUGCGUGUCACCUGUCUCUACGGACGAUUUGUGGCCAGGGCCAAAACCUGUGGCUCAAUUCCAGGGGCACAGGGGGAGUGAGUGAUGGCUCUCAGGCUGGUCAGAACUGUAGGCCAGAGAGAUGGGGGCGUGGGAGCCCUGUCUCCAUCUUGCUAGGUACCACAGAUGCUGCUGAGACUUGACAUUUUUUCUCCUGCCUUCUUGACUUAACCUGUGGUGAAGGGGCAGUGGAUGGCAGAGAAGCCCAUUCUCCCUUCCCGGACCUUUUGGAGGCUGUUGCAAAAUUCCCAACCACCUCAUGGCAAAUGCCCAAAGCAUGCUCCGCGCCCAGGCGGGGGCAGCUGCUAAUGAGAGCCUUGGUGCAACUGCAGCCAGGGCAGGAGAGGGCUUGGGAAGUGGGGGGCUGGGUGCCAGGCCCUGGCUCCAGCUGGUUUCUCUCUGGCGCCUCUGAACCCGUCUCGGCAGGUCCUCAACACCUGGGCAGAGGGGAUCAGAGACCCGGGGAGGCCAGGCCUGGCCCUCCACAUCUCACCCAGCCCACAGAGUUCUUGACGGAAUACUCUUCCAGGGGAGCAAGGGAGCCAAGGGGAGAGAUGAGGCCAGGAUGCCCACCUGACCCCAAGCCCCCAUGGCCUAGCGGGGAGGUGCUGGAGCACUGGCAGCCAGUUGUAGUGUUGUUCUCCCUGCAUGCCCUUCACAGCUGGGGCUGCCACCCCACCCGGCCCGAAUCUGUCUCAACCUGCAGGAACACACAGGCGGCGCCAGGCAUUACCUCACAGCAGGACUGCAGUGGCUGGCUUUGCUCCUGGGCAAGGAGGAGCAGGCCAGAGCCCCUUUCGCUUCCUUUUCCUGCCUAUGCCGCUUCUAGAAGCCGGCCGCAGGUUGCCAGGAGGUGACAUGAAAGAGGAGGAACUCAGUGACCUCUCCCUCUCCUGCAUUCCUCCAAGCUGGGGAGGACUUAACUGCCGCUCUGAAGGACACCGUGCAUGUGCGUGCAUGCGUGUGUGCGCACGUGGGUGUUGGCGUGGGACAGGGGAGCAGAGCUCAUGGGGCAAAUUGGGUCUGAACUCUUCAAGUCAGAAAACAUUUGAGCAUCCGGGAGUCACAGAUCCUCCCCUCCUCCAUCCCCCUCAGCAUUCGCACUGCGUCCCCCCAGACAACACAGCAAUCAAUGGUUUGGUUGCAUGGGCACAGCUGCCCCGAUCUCCACCGUUCGUGUCCUCCUGCACAGGCCUCCGCUGCUCAUUCAGGCCCAUCUUCCUCCCUGAGAAUGACAAAUUCCUUUUCCAGCACUAGAGCAGAGGGGGGCAGUGUGCUAGGGGGCGGGCGGUAAAUAGAGACAGGCUCUGGCAGCGCAAAUCUGAUGUUCCUCCGCGCCUGCCAGGAACCAGGCUCUCUCUUGGCCAAGCCACACUAUUUCUGCCCAGCUUACCUACAGCCGAGAGCCAGCUAG